AUGACCACUGAAGAACCUGUUGUCCCUAUGGAGGUUGUGGCUGAACCGGUCGUCGACGAACAUGCGAGCGGAGAAAAGCCUCCGGCCGAGACAGCCAAGUCUAAGAAAACCACCACCAAAAAGGAAUCCAAGCCUAAAAAAGCUACUGCUGCCCCACGAAAGCGGAAUCCUCCUUAUCUCGAGAUGAUUGAAGAUGCGAUUGUCACGCUGAAGGAGAAAACUGGAUCUAGUCAGUACGCAAUUACAAAGUUCAUUGAGGAGAAGCAGACGAAUCUCCCGUCGAAUUUCAAGAGGCUUUUGCUGGUUCAAUUGAGGAAGCUCGUGGCUUCUGGAAAGCUGGUCAAAGUGAAGGGUUCGUACAAGCUCCCGUCGGCUCGUUCAUCGUCUCCGAAGCCAGCUACCUCUGCACCGGUUAAGAAGAAGACCAUUCCAGUCGCCAAGCCGAAGGCUGCUUCUGUAAAAACCACCAAGGAAAAGAAACCCGCCCCUUCAAAAGCAAAGACAAAGUCAGCUGCUAAGCCGAAGCCAAGUGCUAAGGCUAAGCCUGCUGCAAAACCUAAAGCUGUUGCAGCGGCUGCCAAGACAAAGGCAGUAUCGAAGCCAAAAACGGAGAAGAAGCCACCGGCUAAGGUGGCAAGGACCUCGACAAGAACUACUCCUGGGAAGAAGAAGGCGGCGGCGGCUCCCAAGAAGGCUGUGCCAGCAGCUAAGAGGACCUCGGCUAGGAGCGUGAAGCCGAAGAGCGUCAAGUCUCCCGUAAAGAAAGUAGCUGCAAAGAAGGGAAAGAAGUGA